GUUCAUGCUAAAAAUGGUGGAAGUAACUCCAUCAGGGGCCGAUCUGGUACAGGAGUAGUCGAAGGAAAAGGAGGAAAUGGAGGAACUUCGGAAGAAGAAAAAGUUGUGCACACAGAUGGUUUAAGCUGGUGGGGAAUCCUUCUCCUAACUCUUGCAAUUGUAAUCUUCAUUUUCAUCAUUGUCAAGUGCUGCGUAGAAUUUCAGGAUGCUUACUUUGGAGGAGGGAGGAAGGUUUGCUAUCUCUGUCUGGAUAAGAUUAGGAUCCAGGAUUGGAACUCAGGAGAGCACAGGAGACAGUGUGCUUUCAGGUAUGCUUCUGAUCUGACUAACCUGCUUCAGCAUGAUAGAGUUAAAUGUCCCAAAUGUGAAUCAAGACUCAGAUUGUGGCCGGAGGGCAGAGGACCAUCUUUCUCUUGUGAUUCAGACGACUCACUGGAGUGUGCAGAUAAAGGAAGUCAGAUAAAAAACAAUGGUAAAAACAGGUACAACUGCUUCCUGUGUGACUAUGAUCUGUGUGAAUCUUGUGUUCAAAAAAUGUCGGAAAAAUUGGAGAAAAGUGAUUGUAUAUCUGUACACUGGUCAAAUCAUGGAUCAUCUAGAAAAUCAUCCAGUAGUGAGUUUGCUCAGCAAGUUUCGGCUGAAUUGCUCAGAAAGUGUUCAAAGGACGGCACUAUUAGAAUUGAUUUUGUAAAUGAUGGAAAACGCCGGUAUUCAAAGGACACACAUAGUAAUGAUCAAAGACGGUUUUCUCAUGAGAUCAGAAAGGAAGCAAGACGACCCUCACACGCAGGUUUAGUAUUUUAG